ACAAGUAAAAAAAAAAAAAAAAAAAGCCUACAUUUCCCAUGAUCUCCGUCGCACACGGAAGUACGUCAUCACCCGUGACCUUGGCGUUUCUUCCCAUUCGGUUUUCUAACAGGACGGCAUGGCGAACAGGGAGCCAGGUGGUUUUCUGCAGCAGCUGCGGCAGAUCGCAGGCAGGAUGUCCUCAGGACCUCGGGGAGCAGGAACUGGUCUCAAACUCCUGAUUGGAGCUGGAGCUCUGGCUUAUGCAGUCAAGGAGGCUACCUACACAGUUGAAGGAGGACAUCGAGCCAUCAUCUUCAACAGGAUUGGUGGGAUGGAGAUGAACACAGUCCUCGCUGAAGGACUUCACUUCAGGAUCCCCUGGAUUCAGUACCCCAUCAUCUAUGACAUCAGAGCCCGACCCAGAAAGAUCUCCUCCUUAACUGGAAGCAAAGACCUUCAGAUGGUGAACCUGACGCUGCGGGUUCUGUCCCGGCCGCUGGCCUCCAACCUCCCCAUCCUGUACCAGCAGCUGGGUCAGGACUACGACGAGCGCGUGCUGCCCUCCAUCGUCAACGAGGUGCUGAAGAGCGUGGUGGCGAAGUUCAACGCCUCGCAGCUCAUCACGCAGAGAGCUCAGGUUUCUCUGCUGAUCCGCAGGGAGCUGUUUGAGCGGGCCAAAGACUUCAACAUCAUCCUGGACGAUGUGGCCAUCACCGAUCUGAGCUUCAGCAGGGAGUACACGGCGGCCGUGGAGGCCAAACAAGUCGCCCAGCAGGAGGCGCAGCGAGCUCAGUUUUACGUUGAAAAGGCCAAACAGGAGCAGAGGCAGAAGAUCAUCCAGGCUGAAGGAGAAGCUGAGGCUGCAAAGAUGCUGGGCCAGGCCGUGACGAAGAACCCAGGCUACCUGAAACUCAGGAAGAUCCGAGCGGCGCAGAACAUCGCCAAGACGGUGGCGCAGUCCCAAAACAGAGUGUACCUGAAUGCUAACAGCCUGGUGCUCAACCUGCAGGACAAAGAGAGCUUCAAUUUGUCCUUGCCCAUCAAGUAAGAAGUUUCCUCCUCCAUGCCGGUUUUCCAUCGUUCCUUCAGUUUUGCAUCAGGAAAACUCCACACCUGCUCCCUCCAUCCAGCGUUCCCGUUUAGAGCCCAAACAGAACUUCAAAGAGCGGAUCCAGUCAAGCCGGUCCUCCAGAGAUGAGAAGAAUAAACCCUGAACCGUUUUCAGCCGUUUUCUGUGUGAAGAAGUGGUUCCUCUCAGCUGAAACCCGACGCUUCUGGAACUUCCUCUUCACAGAAAGAGGAACGUUGGACUUUCUCAAUGUUCUCAGCAGUUACUCAUCUUUACAUAAUGUUUAUCAUCAGCUGCACGGAGCCAGAACCAUGGACCCGGCAGGAAAUAUGGACAAACAGCUGAUAAUUCAUGAAGCAGAUUCUGUAUUCAACCAUGGUCGUCUCAUGCAGGAUAAGUCCUACCAGGGCUCGGUCCAAACCCGAAUCACACACACAGGUUCAGCUCAUCUAGAUGUUCUGUUUCCCUUUAAACGAGAAUAUUUGAAGAAUUAAAGUGAUCCUAAAACACGA